CCGACUUUGUGUGGUUCUCACGACUUUUCGUCUCCUCUAUAUAAACCCUUUCAUCAUUCUCUCUUUUCUUCCAAACCUCUCUGUUCCUCCCCAUCCAAAUUUACCGCGUCUUCGAAUCCAGAUUUGAUUUUUAUUUUUAUUUUCAAGAAAAAAAAAAUCAAUUUUGUUGGUUACUUGAUCAUCUACAUCCAACAGUCCAGUUUCAUGUCUGAACUCGAAACCCAGGUCCCAUCUACUUUUGAUCCCUUUGCUGACGCCAAUGCUGAGGACUCGGGUGCCGGGACAAAAGAAUACGUGCACGUGCGUGUACAGCAGCGUAACGGGAGGAAAAGCCUGACUACUGUGCAAGGAUUGAAGAAGGAAUACAGCUACAACAAGAUACUUAAGGACCUCAAGAAGGAGUUCUGCUGUAAUGGUACUGUUGUCCAGGAUCCUGAGUUAGGCCAGGUUAUACAACUUCAGGGGGACCAAAGAAAGAAUGUUUCCUCCUUCCUUGUGCAGGCUGGCAUUGUUAAGAAGGAGAAUAUUAAGCUUCACGGUUUCUGAAUAGCACCAGUACCCGCUACCCUAUGUAGUUUACACCACCUCAGUGUGCGAUGAAUUGCUAGCAAUAUAUGAUCUGAAAUUAAAUGUUGCUACAAUCUGUUCCUUUAUAUUUACCUUAUAAAGGUCUGGUACAAGACUUUUGUUUUUCUUCUA